AUCAGUCGUUCUUGGAGUUGCGAAGUGAGCAGGUCUUCUGAAACGAUUUUUCAAUUCGAAAGAAAUUUCAGGAAUGGACUAUUUCAAGUUGAAUUCUGAACGAAAAAAGCGAGCAGAAAGUAAAAGAAUAGUAAAAAGUGACAAUUUGAAAAAUAAUGAAGAAAGCGGUGCGAUAGGAAGAAGCUUUCUUCCUCAGUUUAUUGCUUGCAUUGGUGCCAUAAUCAUAAAUAUAGAUGUUGCUGUCAUUAUGGUAUGGACGUCGCCAGCAUUGCCAUAUUUAAAAAGCAACCAAACAGGAUUUCCUGUUUCUGAUUCACAAGGAGCCUGGAUAGCAGCGUUACCUAGUCUAAGUGCUAUAAUUGGUGGUUUGAUAUUUCCUUUAUUUAUUAACAAAAUUGGGCGAAGGUACACAAUGCUUAUCUUUGGAACAUUACACGCACUUGGUGCAGUUCUCAUUAUCUUAGCGAAAAGUUAUAUUGACUUGUAUGUGGCAAGAAUCAUAUGUGGAAUUGGAAGUGGAGGAGGAUAUAGUACAACAAUUGUAUAUUUUGGAGAAAUUGCCAAUAAGGAAAUUCGAGGUACACUAAUGACCAUCAUGACCAUUUUUGCCAAAGUAGCAGGUUUUUAUGUCGCAGUAGCUGGAGCAUAUUUGGAAUACCAUACUAUGAAUUUGACACUGCUUUCUGUAUCACUUUCGUUCAUGUUAUUCUUCUUUCUCAUGCCAGAGACACCACACUUUUAUCUAAUGAAAGGAAAAGAUGCAAAAGCUGUAAAAACACUAAUGAAAUUAAGAGGAGUGAAGGAUGCUGAGGAUGUAAUGGCAGAUAUUCAAAUAAUAAAAAAAAGCAUUCUUGAAAAUGAAGUGUCUGAGAAACCAGUUUGGAGGGAAAUGUUCUGCAAAAAUGGAUGCCGUAAAAGUAUUCUUGUAGUCGUACUGGCUAAAGCUGCUAGUGUGUUUUCUGGAAGUAUGGCCAUUAGUGCAUAUGCGCAGGAAAUAUUAACUGAAAGUGGUUCUACAUUAGCACCUACUUCCGCAGCAAUGAUUUUUACAGGGAUGAAUAUUAUAGCGAUAUUGCCAACAACACAAUUUAUUGAUCGUUUUCGAAGGCGGCCCCUUUUCUUAGUUUCUGGAAUUUUAUCAGGGAUUUGCAUAGGAUCCGUUGGUCUCUUUUUUUUCCUGAAAUUAUACUUAAAAUAUGAUUUGUCUUCUAUUGCCUGGUUGCCGUUGGCUGGUCUGAUAAUGUUCGAGUUUUCGUUUUAUAUGGGAUUUGCCAUCCUGCCCAUGGUGUUUCUCUCGGAACUUUUUCCGCUCAGGGUUAAGGGUGCCGCCAUUGGAUUUGCAAAUGCUUUGCAUGCAGUAUUUGGCUUUACUUUGAAAUUAACCUAUCAAUAUUUGAAAAGUGCAGGUGGAAUUUAUAUUCCAUUUUUAACUUUUAGUGCUUGUUGCAUAUGUGGGGCGUGUUCGGUUUUUUGGGUUGCACCAGAAACAAAGUGUAAGAGUUUAGAAGAAAUACAGGAUAUGCUAAAAACAAAAAAAAGUAAACCUGUAAGUUUAAUUCUUGAUUCUGUAACAGAUUAAGUUUCAAUUAACGUAGUGUCUCGUCGUCCCGGAUUUCGGGAUGCUUAGUCAUAUAUUUUUCAUAAGCUUGCCUAGUCGUCUCAAAUUUUCGGAACAACUAGCCCUUCCCCUUUUCCAAAUUCCUAAUUUUUCCGGGAAAUCUAGACACAGCAAUUAAUUAAUUGAAUUUGAGGAAGAAGAUAACAAAAUUAUAAAGAGACCUUAAAAAACUUGUUUUUACUAGAAGUAUAAUUUACUGACUUCAAUAGUUGAACGAAGACUUAAUAUUUAAGUCAAAGAUAGUUACCAUUUUUUUAGGGAACUCUUACAUGUAUAUAGUAUGAAAAUAUUAAGUAAGUAAAAAAAAAUUGGAGAGAUAAUUAUUUUACGUACAAAAUUAUCUUAUAUGUACGUAAAAUCAACGUAGGUAAUAUUAAAAUAAAAAAUAAUAUUCCUACUUUAAUUUUUCUCCAACCACCAUUUAAUUUGAACUUUAAUUUUUUCUUAAACACCGUCUGAUUCAUUUCACAAUCAAGCUUAUUCAAGGAAUGAGGUUAUAUAAUUAUCCGGACCAAUCAAUUUAAAUUUGGAUGAAAUUUGCUAUUAUAUUUUAAAUCUCCCUGAUAUUUUCUUAUUAUGUGAAUUACGUAAAAAUAUAGGACAGUCGUUCUUAUAAAUUAUAGAUAGUGGAGUUGGAUGAAGCCUCGCUGUAACUUGAAAUUAAUACAUGUAUUAUUAACCAUCUCGAAUCAAGUUGCAUACAAUACUGACCCUGCUUACGGUUCUGAAAGUGUAACAAAAUUAUUACUUCAAAAAUAUUCAAUAAGACCAGGUCAUACUUAUGGCCAUUUUUUUUUGGAAAAACUGAUCUCCACACGAAAUAUUAUCAUCAAUUUGAAUAUUCGGAAAAUUAUAUAAAGGGCACAAGGAACUGUUUGUAUGGCCCUUAACUUAUAAAAUUAGGAAAAUAAUUUAAAAAGUAAAUAAAUUGUUGUCAUUAACCACUUUCUUAAACUACGAGAGACUUUCAGGAAUGUCACAUCAAUAGAAGAAUUUAUAACAAUAAUUGAAUCCCUAAUCCUUCAAAAACUUGUGGAAUAUUUAAUUUUUUUUUUCGUUAGGAGCAAAUAGAUCUAAACGAAAUUAAACUAUCUUUCAAUUCUUGAAAUAUACGUGAAAAUUGUCGGUGGGCACAGAUGACAUAACAAGGAUCAUAAGCUUCUUUGCAGAAUUGAAAGAAUUAAAAAAAUGGACUGUCUAGCAUAUCUGUAAUGUAAUUAGGCAAAAAAUAGUUCUUGAUUUAUGUAACUACGCAGUAGUCAGGGAAACUAAUUCAAGUAUGUACCUUGCACUUCUAGUCUGUUCUUAAUUAAGUGAAUUUUCUUUUAAAUGUAAUAUACUAUAGAAUUCAAUUUGAUUGAAAAGAUAAGCCUAAGUGUUCAGAUUCGAUCGAUGAUUUUUUACCAUUUUGAUUUUUGUAUCAUUUGUGUGUACGCAUGUGUGUGCGGGCGUGUGCGUGUGUCAUAGCAUAUCUCAGUCGUCUAUACUGUCUAAGUUUUUAUAAUUAAUCUUACAUUUACCAAUUAUUAAUAAAGAUAACUCACGACUGAUCCUUAUUUUGUUGAAAAUAAAUUCGUGCAACAGUU